GUUGUUAUUUCCGCUUUUUUCACAUUUACAAACAUUUUUCGUCAUAUAUUCCAACUAGCAUGUCUUCGACAAGUGGCAAUUUCUGGAAAUUUCUGGUUAUUUUUGGAGUUUACGCUGUAGUUAUACUGACUUUUUGGCAAUUUUUUUAUUCGGCCGAUUUUCUCUCCAAAUUCCUCCAACUCAGCGGCCCCUCGGAAUUCUCUGUACCGCGCAAAAAUGUGACCAUCUACGUGGCAACCACUUAUUAUGGAGACCCCAUAGACGCAGAAAUGGCAUUUCUGACUUGCCCGGAGCUGAAAAAAUUUUGUAGAGUUACACGGAAUUUUUCCGAGGCUUCAACUUCUGAUGCGCUGCUUUUUCAUAGUAGGAACUUUUUUGAAGCAGUCAAAAUUCUCCCAAAUCUCAAAAAAUUGCGAAAACCCAAUGUUCCAUGGAUUUUAUGGAACAUUGAGAGCCCGAGCCAUGAGCAGCUUCCAACCGAAAAAAAUUUGUUCAAUUGGACAAUGACGUAUCGCCGGGAUGCAGAUCUAUGGGCACCAUAUGGGUACAUGGAGAAGAUGGAUGUGCCAGCCAAAAUCGACGUCAACUCAAUCUGGAGCCUCAAAACAAAGACUGCCACGUGGCUCGGCUCCAACUGCAACACCCCGAACAAUCGAAUCCAACUGAUCGGGAAAAUGAUCCAGAAAGGCCUGGAAGCCGACGUUUGGGGAGCCUGUGGAGCCCCGCCGGGAGCCUGUAUGGGAGUACAAAAACGGACGGAGCCCUGUGUCCGGGAGCUCAUUGAGCCCUACAAGUUUUAUUUAGCACUGGAAAAUUCGAAUUGUGUGGAUUAUGUCACUGAAAAGUUCUGGAAAUCGCUGGGCGAUCGAAUGGCUGUGCCAAUUGUGCUCCAGCGGGAAGUUGUGCGACAGCUCGGAGUCCCGGAUCCCGCGUACAUUUCUGUGGACGAUUUUCAGAAUCUGGAGGAGUUUGUGGAUUUUGUGGAAAAGGUCGGGAGUGAAAAGGAUUUUUAUUUGAAAUUUCACGAGUGGAGGAAGGAUUAUAGGGUAAUAUUCGACAACGGGUUCUCAGGAUGGUGCCGUUUAUGUGAACGACUUCAGGAUGAAAAUUUAAUUUUAGAAAAUCGUAAAUUUUAUAAAAAUGCAAAUGAAAAUUGGCAGGCAGCAGGAGUGUGUAAUAAUUCAAUUGGAAUGAAGUAUUUGAUAUAG